UUUUCAAUCUUCCUCCUCUUGAGCCUUUGGUCCUAGAAUACUUCGAACUACCUGUUAAUGCAGGAAUUAUUAACGUCAAACUCAAACUGAAAAAUGCUAUCGCCUUUGGUUUCGGAAACAUGAUUGUGCACAGAAUCGAUCUUAACAUCGAUGACCUUACUUUGGAUAUUGAUAUUGGUCUACCCACAAUUGAUAUUACUGCUGAAACCUACGAUUUGGUUGGAGAUUUCUUUGGUUUUCUUCCUCUUUUCGGAAACGGCAGAGCUGAAUUCGAAGUUAAAGGAUUCCGCUUCCGUGCCAAACUGUUUUUGGAGCAACACGAGAACAAAAAAUCAGUAGUCAUUAAUAGAGUUGAAAAUGCUGCCUUCUCUAUUCCACACCUAAGAUCCAACCUCUCUGGAGUUAUCGGUGGUGGCAACAUCGACGCUGUUAUCAACAGGCUGAUUGAGGAAGUUUUCAUUGAUUACGUCAACAGGUUCCAUGGCGCUAUUUCUAUUGUUACUUCGACCAUUUCAACUACUCUAGGAAACGAAUACUUGAAAGAGCUCGAUACCUGGAAAUACAUUGAAGCUGUACGUUCUUAAAUAAUACU